UGACGCGCUGCCAUGGUAACGACCAAUCAGCCGGUCGUUACCUGGGCCGACCUGGAGAAGGGACGGCUGUGAGGGCAGCUCAGCAGGUGUCUCCCCCGCAUUCAGGCACCACCCGGUGGGUCCAUCUAUGUGGAUUCGCUGGAAUGUCAACGAGAAGGAAAAACGUGACUGAUGACGUGAUUACCCAUACUUCUCCUCCUCUGAGCUUUCUGCAGUCCAAGAUGAGCAGCAGGAGUGGACCAGGGCUCCGAAGAAGGGGAAGCAGGGAGGAUUUAUUAUGGAUUGGCUGGCUCUCUAAUCCCACCAUGAGGCCAUUCGAGGAACAGGUCGAGGACGAAAUCCAAGAAGUAAGGACAAUUAUCAAACCAAUUGUGGACGCGGAAAAUGGCUUAAUCAAGGACCUGGAGCGCUUCCUGGGUCGACGGGCAGUAACGGAGCAGCGACGGAGGGAACUCCUCCACAAACGCUGGACGGAGCGAGUGUGGCUGCCCAUCCAGCGCAGGGUGGAGGAUUUCUCCCGACUGUGCGUCCACGAGGGGGACAGGAUGCGCUGUUUGAACGCGGACUACAUCCGUCACUGCAAUGCCAAGGGCUUUGUGUCCCUAGACUGUUAUGAUCCCCAGGAGUACGACCCAUUCCUCCUCAGCAUCACAAGACCCCUCGACUGCUACAAGCUCCAAAUGCCCGUGUUAAAGGACCCGCUGUUGAUGGACUCUCGUGAAAGGAUCAGGGAGAAGAGAGCAGUCGUCUCUUGUAAAACAGGUCGCUCGCACACACGGGAGGAAGUGAAGGAGCUUCUAUCCCGUUUUAGUCCAGCUGCAGGGAAGCCCCCUCAGACCGCCCCGACUCAGACCUUUGCAUCUGCUUACCUCACCUCCAUCUCCACCACUAGAGAGACUCCGUUGGAGAGAGGGACCAAGUCCUCUCACAGGCCAAAUGUAAUGCCCUACCAGAUCGAAGCAACCAGUUUGGCUGAUGGAAAAUGCUAUGAAGCCCGCUGUUGGUCAAGAAGAAGAUGAUGGCGACUACAGCUGCUACCACAACCUCUCUGCUUCCAUCCGUACCGACUCACCCGUACCACAGAUAGGCCUGUGGACUCCAGCUUUUUUGCCAUAAACUCACUUGCGUAAACUCCCAGUUUGUAGCCUGCCUCUGUGACAGCGCAUCAAGGAGACCACUGAUUAGCCGUACCUGCUCAUCACUGUCUUGUUCCUUAUGAUGCUUAGUCCUUUCGGGUCGUGAGGAAAUGGUCACUUUUUGUGUCGUCAUUUCCGGGCUAUUACCGUCGGGGACAAAGAGGGGCACAUGGGACAACAAUAUUUUUAUUAGAUAUAUUUUGUCAAAAUAUGUAAACUAUAAUCUUUUCAUAAAUGUCAUGUCAAAAUGA